CGUUCGAAGAGGUAGUUGUGGAGAGCUGCUGGUGGUGUUUGUCAGAAUUAGGACAACAGAAACAAAAUAAAUAUAAGUUUCUCUGUACACAGCCUAGAAUGACAGAUAGGAGACCGUGCAAGGUGUGCAAUUUCACCCGACAAAAAUCAUACGGGGUGGUUGUUCCCUCCUUAGAAGACCUGAAGAAAACGGGGGGUGAGUUUCUCGGGUUUAGCCCCAGUGAAUCGGUCACAGUGGUCCUAGAGAAUGAUGGGACUAUAGUAGAGGAUCAAGCCUACUUUUUGUGUUUGCCCUUUAACACAAAGUUCAUGCUGCUGCAGCAAAAAGAGACAUGGUCUCCAGUUCGCAAAGUUGAUGGCGGCACAGCCUGGAUGGCAAGGGAGUCGGUGUUGCUGGAGGCCGACGCUGUGGACUCCUCCAGUGCGAUGCUUCCCUGGUGGGACUUGGCUCAGCAGCUGAAGCAGGACCUGGCCAGCAUCAUUCUCAUGUCCGAGGCAGAACUACAGACCUUAGUGGACGCCCCACGCCCUGAACUAGCCUCUGCUCUGGGAUUCAAAGAGGAGAGGGCCGAGAAGCUCCAGGAGACGCUGCAGAGGGUUUUAGACCGCAGAGAGGAGGAGAGGCAGUCCAAGGAGUUACUCGAGCUUUACCUCAAAGCUUCGGAGAACGAGGACAGACAGCAGGACGAGGCUGGCCAGGAAGAUGCUGGAGAUGCUGGAGAUGCUGGAGAUGCUGCGGAUGUGACGGACGGAAUGGAGGUGGACGCUGCAUCCGGAUUCAUUUCCAGGACGCUGAUGGUCCUGAAAGGCAAAACAUCCCCAGAGACCAGGCUUUCCACUGAGGAUCUGCAGAUGGUGGUGACCCGUGGGGUGGAAGCUAUGCAGCAGGUGCUCGGCUGGGACAGAGAAAGGACUUCCGCACUGCUGCAAGCCUGCGAAGCCGAACUAAACACGCGUCUCCAGCAGAUUCAGGCCAUGCAGUCCAUCAGGAGCAGCGCACAGCCGGACAGCAGCCAGCGGUCCAGUGAGGAGAGCACUGGGGGGGGCGUACAAUCCCCAGCCCAAGGCAGCGGCUAGGCCGGGGCUUUACCUGAGCAGAGACUGAUAAGAGUUCACAUCAUCUGCCUCAGGGUCAGUAGAAUGGGAUUUACCCUGCGUUACUGAUAAUGUCCAUACUGCUGGAAUAUAUGACUUUUAAGGAUGUUGGCAUUCGCAUCAUUUUCUAAAACUUGCAAAUCGCUUGAAUGAUUUUCCCUCAAGAGGAACCAGGGUGAUUUGCACAAGUCAUGUUUAUCAAAGGCGGGCUCACAUUGACUAUUUGCAUUUACUUUCUAUGGGCUGUGAAAAUAAUUACAGACGAACAUAUCCAUGAGAAACCAAAAGCCAUAGUUGAGCAUUUAGAGAAAUGUCCCUCAUUUGUCUCUGACUGAGAGCUGCGAGAGAAAAUAGAUGUCACCCGCAUGUCAAUCCUUUCAGUGAGAAGCUGAAGCCAGCAGACUGGAAACAAAGAAUAGGCUCGACUGGCUCAAUCCAAAGGCAACAGAAUGUACAAAUGAGCACUUCAGAUUAACACAUUAAGUACUUCGGAGCUAGUUCUUCGUGCUUGUUCAUUGUACUUGUACAGGAAAAGGUCUCCCAAUGUACUGGUAGCACAUUGGGAGACCAGCUAGUCUCAAAAUAGUUUAUCCCCCAGUUUCUAGUCUUCAAGCUAAGCUACAUGUCUCAAGCUUCAUUUUUAGUAAACAAAUACAAGAUUAACAUCUUGAAAUUUAUCUUUCAUCGAGAACAGCAUUUUCCCCAAGAUGUGGAUCUAGUGCUUCAAGGAUUUAUUGAAAUCAGCAUUCCUGUACUUUUAUGCCUUCCGCUAGCCCUUAAAUACUGCCAGAUAAGAUGGACGGUGUGCACUAUUUUUUUUUGUAGAUCCUUGGAGAAGUUAGACUCUAACUUCUCCAGGCAGUUAGAUGUUAAAAUAUUAAAGCCCAGACACACAAAACUGGCAUCAAAGCUAGAAUUCAGUCCAAGUGUUAAAAUCCCCUUUAAAACUCUGCAUAGACUACCGCUAACAGCUAACCUGUGUAAGAGUAAACAUCUGUCCAUACCAGCAGGUGGCAGAAUUCUGUAUUUGUCACUCAAAAAGAGAAAGAGAUUUGCGGAGACACUUUCUUUUGUUGUUUUUUUUUCUUCACACCACAUUCCACUUCCACAAGUGAAAUGUUCCGAUGAAAUGUGGACAAAAAUAUUAUUCCGUACUCCUCUCAUAUGCUAGUUCGCUUAGCUGCACAGCCAAUCAGAGCGCUCCCUCUAGAACAACGGGUUUCCCUCGCAUUUCAGCAUGCUCAGAAGGGUCAGGGGUCCGAUUAGUGCACACCACAAAGUUGCCUAACUGCUGACUAACUUGGUGUGUCAUGGACCUUACACAAGUUGAUUUUUAAGUCUUAGACUUAAACAUUAGCACAAUGAAAAUGCUCAAGUAUUUCGUUAGCCUAAUACCAUAUUUGCCUAGGUCAUAUUGGAACGUUUUCGAAAAACAAGAAGACAUUGGUAUUUUAAUUGAUAUUGCAACAGAAAGCCUAAAUAUGACUUACGUGAUUAUGCUAUUAGGCUAACGAUUUAGAACACAGAUCAAUAUAUAUGGAUCCUAUUUCUCUUUCAUUUUUUUAGCGUACACCCCAGUAGAAACAUCCCAGUGACUCGCUGUGUGGCCAUUUAGAGUCUAGACAUGGAAGAACAAAAAGGUAGAAAUACUUGCUGAAGACGUUACAGGUGAGAGUGUCACAGGUAACCUUUGAAUUACGUAUGUAGCCAGAUAAGUGCUCUUUAAGAAUAUCGAUUAUAUAGUACCAUGGAAGUUAUGUCAGUCUGGUGGCCGUGUCAUGUAAGACCGCGUAGACAAUGCGUGCGGGUCGGUGUGACUCAUGGACAAGAUAGCUUUUCUCAUGCCUGUCAUCUCAUCUGUCUUCUGAACAAUGAAACAAAUUAUGGAUUUGAAUUUGCAGGAAAGAUCUUUUCUCUCUCUCUAUCUCUCUCUCUCUCUCUCUGUGUUUUGGUGAGAUUGAGACGACACUACAUACAGGGAGAGUGAUGCUUACAGAAAGAUCUCUUAAUUGCUCAGUAUUGUGUCUGUGUGUGCCUCUCUGUUUUGUACUGAACCCUUUUAGGAGUUGUUCCCAAACGCAUUUUGUAUUUAAGCUUGUUUAAAAUGUUACAAAACGAAGUUGCAUGUGAAUUCAUAUUAGGUGAUUAAAGGUGCCUUUUUUUACAUGA